CUCGCUCUGAAUUUCAUCAUUUGCUCACUGCAUCGCGCAGCUCACCUUCGUUAACGAAGCUUCGCCAGAACAAUCACUUCACGCCAGACCUCGCAACAUCACAGGUCACCUAAUCAACAACACCACUCAUAUCAACAUGCGUUCCGCACUCAUUGCCCUCGCCGCCGCUGGCGCUGCAUCCGCACAGGUUGUAAGCCAGAUCGCAGAUGGUCAGCUGCAAAUUUACACCGAGUCGUCUGCCCCAGCGCCUGCUCCAUACACUACCUCUGCUGUCGCGACGAGCCCAGUUAAGACCACUGCCCCAGCGUACACCACUCCAGUUGCCUACACCACUCCAGUCGUCAACGCAACAACUGCGCCGGUCCAGUACACCACUGCACCAGUCAUCAGCAGCGCUCCAUACCCAGCGGGCAACGCCACUACCCUCACAACAUCUGGAACUGCUGUCACUUCCGUCACCACCACUGCGCCGGCUUCCAGCUCAACUAAAGCAAACCCUGUCGGCUCUAGCACUACCUCCGCUCCAGUCGAGUCAUCCACUGGUGCUGCCAGCACUCUCCACAUCAGCUCUGGUGUCAUUGCUGCAUUCGGCGCCCUCUUUGCCUUCCUUGCUUAAGCGAGUCUCCCUUAUGAGACCAUUCUAAUUGUACCUCUGUGUCUACUUACUUGCGAAGGAGUCUUAACGGAUGGGUACAGUACACCAUACAUCACGGUCGUGCUGCGCGGCAAUUGGGAUAGCUCGAAUUUUGGCGAGCUGGUAAUCAGGAAUGAGCGCGACGCAGAACGAAACGUGUGUUAUUAGUGCUGCAUAGACUUACGACAUGAAAUACAACUACUACUAUAACUACUAUA